GGGCUUUGAUGCAUUUCUAAUCACUUUUGACCAUGAACACAUGUUGUAUAAUUUUCAAAAAAUAAUUUUCAAUACUUUGUUCCAGUUCCCCCUGAAAACCCUACGAUACUGGACCAGUGGGGAAGGCAACUCAAUGGCACGGUGGGACCUCACGAAGAGGGUGAUGACAUCAUAUUGA